AUGGAGGUGAGGGUGGUGACGAGCCACCACAUCCGUUCCAUGGAGGUUUUGGUGAUCACCAGAUUGAUGGUUGCUAUACAGACUCAUCACAUAGUCGACUCUGGUGGUGAUGCAGACUAUAUUGAUUGGAUCGCAAUAUUUGAGAAGGUGUUAGGUGCUCGAAGGGGAUGUGUGAGAGGCAUUGGGCCUAAACCUCCUUCUGCAGCGGGUACAAGUGCUUGA